GGAGGAUACCCUUAGUUACGCCAACCCACUCUAAACUAAGGGAUUUGCUUCGCUUCGGGGUUUACUGCCGCUCGUUUCGCUGCCGCUCGAUUCGUUGCCGCUCGUUUCGUUAUCGCUUUCUUUUAUCCCACCCCUAGCUUUUUUCUUCCCGUCUCAAGCUUAAGUGACUGACUACCUCUUACCUUUCACCGUUUCAUAGUUAGUUUGUUUCCUUUCUAUCUUUCUUUCCUCCGUCAUACUAUUGUCUUUUUUUGUUCCAAUUCUUUAACAACAACUUGAAAAUAGAAGGGCAAGAAAGGACUACUAAGGAAAAACAAUGUCAAAAUCAAACAUCAUGAAGGACUCAGAUGCGCCAGCGUUGGCUCUGUCCGGGGCAACUACAACCGAGCAGAUCACCACCAAAAACACAUGGAACACCAAGAACUUAGCACCACGACUCGGCGCUGAUUUCCUCUCUGCUGCGAGCGCUGCCUCUAUGGUUGCGCCUCUGAUUGCCAUUAUCGACCGCUCCAUCAUGGAAAACGCUUCAGGCGCAAACACUCUCAUCAACUCGGUCAAAUCCUCCCUCCGAACUCUCAUCACACGCCCUCACACUCUUCUCUUCUCAAAACCCACCGCGCUCAUCUUCUGCCUGUACGGCGGCACAUAUCUUACCGCCAACGCCGUCGACACAUCCUUCUCGACCGUGAACAACAAGCCCGCCUCGAGCGUGACGGCCGGAACGACAAAAUUCGCUGCCUCGAGCGCCGCCAACAUCGGCGUCUGCAUCUACAAGGACCAGGUCUUUGUGCGCAUGUUUGGUCCCCCUGGAGUAGUCCCCCGGCCUGUACCUCUGGCUUCCUACGGCCUGUUUGCGCUGCGCGAUUGCAUGACCAUCUUUGCCUCGUUCAACGUCCCGCCUCUACUAGGCCCAAUUCUGGACGAGAAGUUCUCUGCCGAGAUGAAGAAGAGAGUGUCUGGGCUCUACGCGGCGCAGUUCAUGGCGCCAGCCAUGGUGCAGUUCAUUUCUACGCCAAUGCAUUUGUUUGGUCUUGAUCUUUACAACCGCCAAGCGACCGGUCCUGGAGGCGCAGUGGUAUCAUUACGAGACCGACUAGAUCUUGUGCGCCGAAACUGGUUCAUCAGCUCCAUUGCGCGAAUCUGUCGAAUUGUUCCUGCGUUUGGUGUUGGCGGUGUCGUCAACAUGAAAGUGCGCAAGAACCUCAUGACCAAGCUGGAGUAAGAAGCGUCCGUUCGUAGCCGCUGACAUCACACACACAUACACAUUCCUCUUCUUGGUACCCCAAAGGAUGGGCAUGACCUCAUAUUUCCGGUUCUGGUUCUGGUUCCUGUUCCUGGCGUUUUACAGUUACGCGGUUGCGUAAUAAAAUGGUUGCAUUUGUUGGUUUGGUCUUGUAACGGUUCAUGGCAAUUGGGGGAUUUAAUGUUGCAUUUCAUGGUUUUCAAAGGAUGGCGAAACGUACAAAGAGCAUACGACGACGAUCUGCUACCCACGAUAGACUUCUAGAUAGAACAUAGACAGGCUGGGUGUGUAAAGAGUCCAGACUGAUACGAUUGACUCAU